ACUACUUUGGUAUAUUUCCCCGACAGUGUUGGCAAGUGGCGGACUAAGUAUACACAUAAAAAAUUAAAUUGCAACGCACACAUAUAUUUACUAAACGGUGCCAAGAGUGCCGAAAAACGAGGAGCGGCGAGAGCGGACAACCAUUUAGCAGGAACCCCAGCGAAGAAGCGACACCACCGCCAAUGAACACGAUGAACGGGGGCGGAGGAGCAGCACUCGGCAGCAAUGGCUCCAGCACAAGUGUGACAGCUGCCGGAAGCACCGGAGGCGGGGCGGGUAAUGACGAGGCCGGAGGAGACGCCAGCUCCCGCCGCCAGGCGACGCGGGUCUUCAAGAAGAGCUCGUCCAACGGCAAGAUCACGGUCUACCUCGGCAAGCGGGACUUCGUGGACCAUGUCACGCAUGUGGAUCCCAUCGACGGCGUCGUCUUCAUCGACCCCGAGUACGUCAAGGACCGCAAGGUGUUUGGCCAGGUCCUGGCCGCCUUUCGCUACGGACGCGAGGACCUGGACGUCCUGGGACUGACGUUCCGCAAGGACCUGUAUCUGGCGCAUGAGCAGAUCUACCCGCCCAUGCAGCUGGACCGUCCGAUGACCCGUCUGCAGGAGAGGCUGAUCAAAAAGCUGGGACCCAACGCCCAUCCAUUUUACUUCGAGGUGCCGCCCUACUGCCCCGCCUCCGUGUCCUUGCAGCCAGCGCCGGGGGACGUGGGCAAGUCCUGCGGAGUGGACUACGAGCUGAAGGCCUUUGUGGGUGAGAACGUAGAGGACAAGCCCCACAAGCGGAACUCUGUGCGCCUGACUAUUCGAAAAGUCAUGUACGCCCCCUCCAAAGUAGGUGAGCAGCCGUCGAUCGAAGUCAGCAAGGAGUUUAUGAUGAAACCGAACAAGAUCCAUCUGGAAGCUAGUUUGGAUAAGGAGCUGUACCAUCACGGCGAGAAAAUAUCGGUUAACGUUCAUGUGGCCAAUAAUUCGAAUCGGACGGUAAAGAAGAUCAAGGUGUGUGUCCGUCAGUUUGCGGAUAUCUGCCUGUUUUCAACGGCCCAAUACAAGUCCGUGGUGGCCGAGAUCGAGUCGGAGGAUGGAUGCCAAGUUGCGCCAGGAUUCACCUUGUCGAAGGUGUUCGAGUUGUGCCCCCUUCUGGCGAAUAAUAAGGAUAAAUGGGGCCUGGCCUUGGAUGGGCAGCUGAAGCAUGAGGAUACCAACUUAGCGUCAAGCACGCUCAUCACCAAUCCUGCCCAGCGAGAGAGUCUCGGUAUUAUGGUGCACUAUAAGGUGAAGGUGAAGUUGCUAAUUAGUUCGCCUCUGCUGAAUGGAGAUCUCGUGGCCGAGCUCCCGUUCACACUAAUGCACCCUAAGCCUGAGGAGGAGGAACAUCCGCUGCUGGGCGAGCGAUCACCUCGGGCUAGUUUGGCCGGCGGUGGUCAACCGCUUGUAAGUUUGGGUGACGGCGGAGAGACAGGAUCGGCAGCUGGGGGUCAGGACGUACCCACCACCACCAAUCUCAUUCAGCUGGACGACGAUGAGGCGCAGGAUGAUGACAUUAUUUUUGAGGACUUUGCCCGCCUGCGUCUAAAAGGCGCCGAAACGGAGGCCUAAAUGAAACAGGACUUAUAAUGUUUGGGAUCAAACUAUUGAUUGUCCAUUUGAAGAAAAUAUUAACAUCAUUUUCGGCAUUUGUAUAUGAAUAUGAAAAGCUAGAAAAAAAUUUAAAAAGCCGCUAAAUGUAAAGUUUUAUACCAAUAGCCACGGUAAAUAGUUUGAUGUAAGCUAUUUGAUAUGUGUAGGCCAUACGUUCUAGUAUCUAUAGGGUUUAAGCUGAAAGUGUACGAAUUUUAAAAUGUGAAAUUGUUUAACAAAUCAACAAAUCCAAACUACACAAAAUUCACAUGCACAAGGAAACAAUACACACCACGUAUUUCGGCCUCGCCUGCAACAGUUGAAAGAAUGCACAAAACGAAAUUUAUUUUUAUUCGAAAUGUAUACUUUUUGUUUCUUUAUUGUUUACAAAUUAAAUGCUCACUUCAAUGUUAAACAGCACGCAAAAAUAGAUAUUCUGAUGAUAAUGUUUUUUGCCUUGUCGUCAUUGUGUCAGUUUUUGCCUAGCAAUAUACUAGAAGCUUUAUAUGCAACUAACUAAAAUCUGUUUAUUUUUUGCCGUUAAAUAACACUUUUAGUUCAUUGCAACGGAAAGUUAAACAAUCAACCUAUAUUAAAUUCACGCCAAAGUGUAUGGAGUAAACUAUUGUAUUAAAAUAUGCAAGCAGUCCUGUAUAAUUAAAAAAAGGUUUGAAUAUAUUUGUAAAUGUAACUACAAUGCAGAAUUAUGAUUGAAAGUGAAAUAUUGGUGUCACAGACGCACUUUAUGAAUUAACCACUUUUUUCUUUAACUUAUUUUACACAAUUAUUAAAUUACAAUUUUAAAUGGCCACUAACUAAAAUCCAACCAAACAAUAAAAUUGUAUUCACUAAGAAGCGAUUUUUGUUACCAGAGCCUCCAAAAUGCCUGCCUUUGUUUAUUGAAAGAAUUUGGCACCUUUUCUUUGUAGACAUAUAAAAGUAAUACUUGAAAAUAAAACAAAAAGGAAAUUCAGAAAUGAAGGAUGCAGCUCUUUAACGAAGCCGCUUUUAGCUAAUAAAAAUGCUGGCCUAAAAUAGCCAAUAAACCAAAACCAAAAAAAAGGGAUUCGCCAUUUAAGUUAAAGAUAUUCAACUAUCUGUCACACACAAACUUAUGUAAUUGGCAAUGUCUAAAUCGAAAUUCGUCAACGAAAAAUCGAACAAGAGUACGGAAGUAUGUCGAAUUACUUUAGAGAUACAAAUUUGGAAUCUAAAAACCAAACCAACUGAUGUCAAAACAUGUUUCCGUUCAUUAAUUAAUGGACAAACAUUUAAAAACAUUAAGUCUUUUAAACAUGAACAUAAGCUGGAAGCCCAUUUUAGUGCCCCAAACCGCCCGAAGCAACAGCAAACAUAAGGAUGAAGACAUUGAAAAAAUGUUGACAUUGUCGGAAAUUUACAUAUUUUAAAAUGCAUUUUUAUAACGCAUAUGUAUUUAUACCCCAACAUCGACGUAUAGAUUUGUUAGAAUGUUUUUAUCAAGAGAGAGAAGCAAGAAAUUUAAAUAAAGGAGGUAAAUCAUAUGAACGUGCAUUACAUACUGGUUAAAAGGAUACAAUAUGCUAAAAGGAGUUAGUUCAUAUGAACGUGCAUAACUUACUGGUUAAAUGGAUACAAUAUGCUUAAAAUAAUUCAAAUAUAUUAGAGCAAUUAAUAUUUAUAAAUGUAUAUUCAAAUGCGAACAGCAAGUUGCAUAAUUUAGAUAAAAUUAUGUGUAUAUGAUAAUUAUGUGAAAAGAUGUACACUACUGACAAGUGUGAAGCAUUUAAAACGUAAAUAUUCUAUGCAUGACCCUUAAAAUAACAGCAAUAACUAAGUUCUUGAAAUUUUCAUGAUACAUAUUUCGUGAUCUUCUCUGCAGUUGAGCCAACUGAACAUAAAAAUUACACCACACCUUAUUUGUCAAAAAUAGAAUUUAUUGAUCAUAAACAUUUAAGGAAAAGUUUACUUUCUAUUUCCUUUUUUUGUCAUUUUGAAGUGCCUAAAAGUGUGCUUUACAACUGUGUGUUUUUUUUUAGUUUAUUUUGAACUGUGUUAAAAACUUUGGUUGUUGGUACAGAUGGUUCCGCAGUAGGUGACAUUGUAAAUUUGUGAAGCAAAAAAAAUCUAAACGAAUGGCAAAAUGUUAUUAAAAUGAAGGUGGGAAUAUUUGAA